CACCGAAAAAUGCUAGAACUAUCUUAAGCGAGACCCAAAAAAGAAAAAAAAAAAAAAAAAAAAAAAAAAAAAAAACCCAACUCAUCAAACUGAAGCAAACAAUAAGAAAUGGAUGUGCUCAAGCUCGAUACCAAAUGGGUCUCCAACAUAGCCAGCAUAUGGAUCCAGUGCACAAGCGGCUCUCUCUACACCUUCUCCAUCUACUCCUCAGUUCUAAAAUCAACCCAAGCCUACGACCAAUCCACGCUCGACACCGUGUCUGUCUUCAAAGACAUAGGCGUCCUCUCCGGCGUCCUCUACUCCUCCGCCACAACAGCUAAUCACCGCCGCCGUACUGGGCCGUGGCUGGUCCACCUGGUAGGCGCGGUUCAAUGCUUUUUGGGGUAUUUCCUGAUGUGGGCCUCCGUUGCUGGGCUGAUUCCUCGGCCUCCCAUGGCGGCCAUGUGCUUGUUCAUGUUGGUGGCCGCUCACGCGCAGAGCUUCUUCAACACUGCUAAUGUGGUCACUGGGGUUAGGAACUUUCCUAAUUAUAGUGGCACUAUUGUUGGUAUUAUGAAGGGUUUUCUUGGUUUAAGUGGAGCAAUUUUAAUUCAAGUAUAUGAGACAAUAUUCACCAACAAGCCUACAUCCUAUCUUCUGAUGCUGGCACUGUUGCCCACUAUUAAUACUUUGUUGCUCAUGUGGUUUGUGAGAAUCAACAACACUAAUGAAGGAGAUGAAAAGAAACACUUAGAUUCUUUCUCACUGAUUGCACUGGUCAUUGCUGCUUAUCUUAUGGCCAUAAUAAUAUUAGAGCACAUUUUUUUAUUUCAAUUUGCAAUACGUGUCAUUGCAUUUGUGCUGCUCAUGCUGCUGCUUGCCUCACCUCUUUGCAUAGCAAUUAGAGCCCAUCAAAGAGAUUCUGAUAGGAUUUCACAGACUCUCGUUAUUGAGAGGGACCAACUAAUGGAUGAUCCAAACCAGCUGGUUGCUGAGAAGAUAUAUGCAAGACAGGAUUCUGCUGGGUAUCGCUAUUUGCCCAGCAGUACUGAUCAAGAGAUGGAUAAUAAUGAUAGGAGGACUUUACAGGCAGAACAAAAUCUCAAUCUGUUGCAAGCUAUGCGCACUGUAGACUUCUGGAUUUUAUUUCUUGCCAUGGCUUGUGGUAUGGGCUCAGGACUUGCUACAGUGAAUAACAUGAGCCAGAUAGGAGGAUCUCUUCGAUACACCAGCUUUGAGACAGGUACUUUGGUUUCUUUGUGGAGCAUUUGGAAUUUUCUUGGCCGUUUUGGAGCUGGCUACGUAUCAGAUUAUUUUUUGCACUCAAGAGGAUGUGCAAGGCCAUUGUUCAUGGUCAUCACGCUAGCAAUCAUGAGCAUUGGUUAUUUGGUGAUUGCUUCUGGUUUGCCUGGUGCUCUAUAUGCUGGUUCAGUAUUAGUGGGUGUUUGUUAUGGUUCUCAGUGGUCACUAAUGCCCACUAUCACUUCUGAGAUAUUUGGCGUGGUUCAUAUGGGUACCAUUUUCAAUACAAUUACCAUAGCAAGUCCUGUUGGAUCUUAUAUAUUUUCUGUGAGAGUUGUUGGUUAUAUAUAUGACAAAGAAGCAUCAGGAGCUGGCAAAACAUGCACUGGAACUCAAUGCUUCAUGUUGUCUUUUCUUAUCAUGGCAUCUGCUACUCUUUUGGGGUCUCUUGCUGCCUUGGGGUUGUACUUUCGGACAAAAAGUUUCUAUAAUCAGGUUAUACUCAGAAGACUAAUACAUUCUUUGAGGGGAUAAAGUGUUGAGGAUUGUAAAAUACUUUGAAGGAGUCAAGUGCUUCUGUUCAGUGAGUAAAAGAGGUGGCAUUGGCCUACGGUCCCUGAUGUUUAAGUUAGUGAUCUUACCAGAGAAAUCAUUCUUUUUAGCAUACAGAUUGCUCAUACUUGACUCUAGUUGUGAGGCAUGAAUGUAUGGUUAGUUGGUUUUCCUUUGCUAGAUCCUUGUGCAUGAUUUUCUAAAAGCAACAGAUUCUUCUGGUAGUUAUGUGAUUGCAUCAUCCUCUCUGCCCAUCUAUUGAUUAGGUUCAACCAGAGGUGACAUGCUGGAGCUGGACUAUAUUGUUGAGAAAAAUUUAAGAAUAUCAAGAAGACAAAAUUGAAAAUUGUAAAUAUGAAGGAUUUCAAAUAAUUAAUGAUUAUUAUAUCUCUGUUUGUGCU